GCGGCGGGUGCCGGUGGUGGACGUGCAGAGCGACAACUUCGCGGAGCUGUGGCCCUCCAUGGUGCUGGCGCUGCGCACCGCCACCUUCGUCGCCGUGGACACGGAGCUGAGCGGUCUGGGCGCCAGGAAGUCGCUGCUGAACCCGUGCAUCGAAGAGCGGUACAAGGCCGUCUGCAACGCGGCCAGGACCCGCUCCGUCCUCUCCCUCGGCGUGGCCUGUUUCAAGCGGCUCCCGGAGAAGUCGGAGCACACCUACUUCUGCCAGAUCUACAACCUGACGCUGCUCUGCACCGAGGACUACAUCGUGGAGCCCCAGUCGGUGCAGUUCCUGGUGCAGCACGGCUUUGACUUCAACAAGCAGUACUCCCAGGGCAUCCCCUACCACAAGGGCAACGACAAGGGCAACGAGAGCCAGAGGCAGAGCGUUCGGACUUUUUUUCUGGAGCUCAUACGAGCGAAGAAGCCCCUCGUUCUCCAUAACGGCCUGAUCGACCUGGUCUUCCUCUACCAGUGCUUCUAUGCCCACCUCCCAGACAACCUCGGCACCUUCACCGCUGACCUCUCGGAAAUGUUUCCAGCGGGAAUAUACGACACCAAAUACGCUUCAGAGUUUGAGACUCGCUUUGUAGCGUCCUACCUGGAGUAUGCUUACAAGAAGUGCAAGCGGGAGAACUGCAAGCUGAAGGACUCCAACGGGCAGCACCUCACCGUUGAGUUCUGCAACUACCCGGCCAACGUGUCCCGUUACAUCGACUAUGGCCACUGCUCUCUGGAAGAAGAAAGCCCCAGCGUGGGAGAGGGAAAUAAGGUGCCCGUCUGUGAGAAAUUUUCGGCCUACGGCUGGUGUCCGAAAGGGGUGUCGUGUCCACAGUCUCAUAACAUUGACCUCAUAAUUGAUGAGGACGACAAGCUUUGGGAGGAGAAGCGGAAGAAACGGAAGCACAAAUGGAAGCGUCGGAAGAACACGGAAGAGGCUGCGAAGGCGUUUGAGCAGGAGAGCUCAGGGAAAGAAACGGAGGUAGCUCAGAACGGGGAGGAGGGACCGCCACGGAAACAGAGCUGCUACGAGCCUGCAGCUGCCUCGGAGCUGGCAGAGAUGACACCCAGCACUGAGGGCAGGCUGCUGGAGGAGAACUCCACAGACAUGGAAGCAGAGGUCAACUCAGACACCAGCACACAACGGGAAGGAGCUGCUGCCCAGGUGGCAGCUGCUGUGAGCCCCUCUGCCAAGGGACAUGCCAAUGACAGUCACCAAGUGGAGGGGAAGUCAGAGGUUCCUGCUGGGGUGGGCUCAGUCCAUCCCCCAGACAUCCCUGAGACUGAAGCAGCAUGUGCUGCAGCAAAGGAAAAGGAAAGCCAUGGUCCACCCUCACAGGGGGGCACACACCGGGCUGGCUUUGAUGCGUUCAUGACUGGUUACAUCAUGGCUUACGUCUGGAUGCUCAAGAAAGGGAAAAACACGGACCCUGGGGAAGGGCCCUGGUUGCCCGAGUGUCACAACAAACUGUACCUCAGCGGGAAAUCGGUGCCGCUUCAAAUAGUGAAGAGCUUGUUUUCCAAGUCUUCCAAAGCUCACAGCCAGAAGAUGAAGCUGGCCUGGGCCAGUGCAUAGAGCUAGAGGACUCCUCACUGAACCGGACCUUUUAUCCCCUCAAGUUUUGAAGUUCUUCAUUCCAUCAAGAACUGACCAGAAGGGGAGCAAGUUUCUUACCCUUGUGUUUGUUUUAACUUCUGACCCAUUAAAUUGCUCUCAGUUGGAGUUCCCCCUCUUGUUCCUUAGUGGAAUUCUGGCUGUGAAGGCAGGGGAGAGGCUGGAGGAGAGGGAAGAAAAGUGCACCUCUCCAGCAGCACCCAGGGCUGCAAGUCCCAGUUCAGUGCUCUGCACUCAAAGUGGGUUUUGAAAAAACAAGCCAGUAUUAAUGUCAUCCAUAACUCAAGUAAGCAUUUGAGCCAGCUUUUUUAACCUAGAAUUGCCCUCUUAAUCACAAGACUCAGGCCUUGAUUUUAUUUUUAUUUUGAAAGCAAGUUGGGAAAGUUUACAAAACCUGACCAAGAAAAAAAUUACGAAAAUAUUUAACUGGAUUCAUCUUUGGUUACUUCUUAUUGCAGUUCCAAUAAAACAUACACCAUUUCUAUAAGUUCAAAAAAAGUCAGAAGGUCAAUCAACAUAAAAACAAGACGUGCUUUCUUUACAUAUUCAUAAAUAUCCACAAUAUUAGAAAAGUUGUUUUGCAAAGAUUUCUUUUUUUUCUGGCAGUGUUAACUUACUAUUAUACACAAGCUACAAACUUCUUCCUAAGCCUUUAAUUACAAGUUGAGCUAUUUACAGACUGCAAAAUAUUAAGACGUAAAACUCCUUCAUAAAUACGAAAAUAGAUCAUCUCGCAAAGAUCUUUAUACUUAAUCAAAUAUCUGGCUGCCCCUCCUCCCUCCCCCCAUCAAAAAAAAAAAAAAAGGUUAUUUGUUUUGCAUAGAAAUGUAGUGACAUGCAAUAUAAACAAUAGCAUUAAGUGCAAACAGGAAUUAUUCAAGUGUCUUUAGUUGUACUGGCAAAAAAUACCAAUGUUCUGUUACACGUAAUACAUCAACUCAAUGCCUCUCCAGCAAGGUUUAAGUCUAGGAUAGCCCCUUGCCUGCCCUGCUUUUGAGGGGCAGCGAUUCACAUGCAUUCUCUUCGUUGCCUUUUAUCAACCUGCAACCUCAACAAAAAUAGCUUAUAACAGACAUUUAAAUGAAUUCAACGUAGAAAGAUUUAAAGGGAAUUAAAAAUAUCUUUCAAUCUCUUCAGGGAA